CUGAUGACUAAACAUACAUACGCCGCCUUAUUCUUCUCACCAGUAAGCUCUGUGGUUAGCUGGCGUUAAAACCUUCGACCCAAACUUCCUACCAAAUUCUGAUCCCAUUCAGAUCCCAGACUCCAGAAAAUUUUCACAUCCCAAAAGGAAAAGAAAAGAAAAAGGAAGAAGAAACCCCAGAAAUUUAAAGUUCAAAAAAACGAAAAAGGAUGAGUCUUUGGACAAGCUUUGCAGAAUCAAUAACCCACUACACGGGUUUAUCCCCAACAGCAUUCUUCACAAUAUUAGCAAUGAUGAUUGUAACCUACAAAAUAGUAUGCGGGAUGUUCGUGGCAGGAGGGGAUUACAUGGAGGUCAAAAGGACAAAUGAAUAUGUAAUCCGAGAGCCCGUACAGUUAGGGGAUCAGGUGACCGAGGAAGAAUUAUUGGCCUAUGAUGGCAAGGACCCUAACAAGCCCUUGCUUAUGGCCAUCAAAGGACAGAUCUAUGAUGUUUCCAGAUCAAGAAUGUUUUACGGUCCUGGUGGUCCCUAUGCCUUGUUUGCUGGGAGGGAUGCAAGUCGUGCCUUGGCUCUCAUGUCCUUUGACCCUAAAGAUCUCACCGGAAACAUUGAAGGUCUCAGCAAUUCUGAGCUUGAAACCUUGCAAGAUUGGGAAUACAAGUUCAUGGAGAAAUAUGUUAAGGUUGGGCAGCUUGUUUCUUCCCACAGGACUACUCAAGAAGCUGGACAAGAAAGUGGUGACAAGAAUGAAAAUGCCCAGGGAAAUGAAGCAGAGUAAGAAGCCCUCCUAGAAGCCUAGGUUUUUUUUCCCCUCUACUAAAUUACUCUAUUGAAAUUAGUGAUUCAAAUAUGAACGUUGAUAUAUUUUGAGUCAAUUGCCAAUUCAGUAUGAAGACGUAAUAUGUUGGCUACUUUGUUUUGUACUAGUAUUUUGAUUUCACAAUUGCAAUACAUGAACUGCAAUUGUCAAUGGAUCAAACAGAAGACUACUAGUCAUAUUUACAGUGAGUUGCAAGCAAGAAAUCAAACUCAGUUACCAUUGGUUACAGUGUUCAAGAUUGACCUUGUAUUAAUAACAAAGCUUGCAGCCGUGUU